AUGCUUCCAAAACAAGUUGCCGAUAAAUUAAAAUUGGGGGAAUUUGUUGAACCAGAACAAUUUAGUGCAGCAACAAUAUUCUUUUCUGAUGUCGUUUCAUCUACAACAUUAGCUAGUAAAUGUUCUCCUUUACAAGUAAUUAAAAUAUUCGAAAUAAAUAAAUUAUGAAUUAAAAAGGUUGUAAACACACACCUUUCACCAUUUCUAAGCAUUUU